AUGACGGACCGUUAUCGCAGCUACCCAUCUUCGGGGCGAGCAGCCACUUUUGCAAACCACGCGAGAACUUCCUUACCGUCGAGCAUCGGUUAUACUUCUCUAUACGCUGGCGAUAUGCACGUCAUGCCGACUUCCACCCGUCAGCCGCCGCCUGUUUCAACAACACCACGGCCAUAUGUUACGACGACAUCCACGACCCCAACCCCGAGUACCACCACCCGCACCUAUGCCGUUACCCAAGACCCUCGCUCGCAUAGGCCAACAACCCGAGAUGUCACUCGUGGCCAGAGGUCUUCCACCCUCGAUUCCACCAGCCGGCCCCCGGUAAUUGUCAUGACCACACAGAAGAAUGGUACCGCUUCUCACUCUUCUAACGCUCGUCCUGCAAGUCCCCUGCGGGAUGACUACCGGUCGAGCGAUGGGCAGUUCUACUCACAGCCUGCCUCAUCCAUACGUUCACGCAGCACAGCUCGCCCCUAUGCCGAUCAGCCAGGGACCGACAACUAUGCUCGCAGCAGCAGGGACCGCAGCAAUAGCUUGGUGCGCGACGACCCCUACCGCAACAGCCGCCAUUCUGCUGUAUACCAGGCCAACCCACGCCAAAGCUCCAGCGCCGUCGAUUACGGGGAUGACGGAUACCAGUACACCAAUGCUGGUGAGCUUGUUCGCUAUGAUCUUGAUCAUUCGGGCCCUGCAAGGCCUCGGAGGCGUGAAAGCCUUGACCGAGGUUACUACCGCCCCAACAUCAACUACAACACGGACCAGCGGACCUUCAAUGUUGAUACCAGCCCCGAUCUGAGUCGCAACUACAUAACAACAAACACAACCAGCUCCCCGAGCAAUCGGCAAUACGAUAACCGAGGAGGCCCUCCACCUAGCACUCGUGGAUUUGAUAAAAUUCGGGCGUAUGACAGCCCACGGGAUUUUGCUCCAGUUCCCUCCAAGACACCUGAGCCCACCUUGGCAAAACAGGAGAUUCCUCUCGUUGCGACUACAGAGACGACGAGGCGGCCUCGGCCAGUGUCCCUAUAUCAAGAGGGGCCACCACGUUCCUCGCAUCACGAUGACUACUAUCGCAGCCGAGAGGAUGAGAGAAAAAUGCGAGAAUUUCGUGACCAGCCAGAACCCGAACGUACUUAUGAGCCUGAGCGUGCCGCCUACGACCCUUCGUAUUUCCAGGACGACAGAGUCACAUCUCGUGGCUUUGGUAUUCGAACUGACCUUGCUGACGAGCACGAAGACCGCCGUGAACGUCGCCAGGAGCCUAAGAAGCGAUCGGAUGAGGAUUUGCCUUCCGAGUACGAACGUGACGAUCGACGCCGAGGUCGGCUCGAAUCUAAGGAACCCCGCCGUGAGAGACGUGAGAGUAAGAAGGGGAGUGACGAUGAUGAAAAAGAGCGUACUCGAUUCCGUGACAAAGUGGCAGCUGGUCUGGGUAUUGCUGCGACUGCUGUAGGACUUGUUCCUGCCAUCAAGGAUGACGAUAAGCGCGAGAAGGAGCCCAGCAGACGUAAAGGCUCUGAUGACGAGCGCGAACGUGACCGAGACCAUGAUAGACGGAGAGACUCAGUUGUGAAGGGAGAACGUCCAAGAAUACUGGAGCGAGAUCGAUCACGACAACGAGACACGUCAAGGCAGCCAGACCCAUCCAGACAGCGUGAUCCAUCGAGACAACGUGACGCAUCGAGACAGCGAGACACGUCGAGACAACGCGAUCCGGAUCGUGAUUCCAAAGAAACAAGCCGUCGAAAGGAAGAGCCUCGCAAGAGCGGAGAAGCCGUUGUCUCAGCUUCUGACUCAGACGAAGCCAAGAAGUCGACAAGAAGACUUCGCGACUCAAAGGCUUUCAACCCCAACGACACUUCUGACUUGAAACAACUCAAGGAUCAACUUGCAGCCAUGAAAACAACUGACAGGGAGAAGGAAAAGGAGCCGGUUGUGGUUGAAAGCAAGCCACGCUCUGUGUCGCCUGCCAGAGAAUCUCGAAGUUCGAUAGAAACCAGACCAUCCAGAGAUCACCGUUCUCCUCCCGAUUCUAAGCCUUCGAGUCCUCCUGGAGAAGAAAACCGUGGUCGUGAAUCUCAACAGACUCUCCUAGAUGACAAACAAGUCCGUGUGGUGUCACCUCCUCGCGACAAGAAGGACGAAAAGCCCCUCAAGGGCAUCUUGAAGCAACCCAAGGUCAGCUUCCCCGAGGAGCCAGUUGCUGUUCGUGAAGGCGUUGCUCCCCACAAGGAAGACAAGAAGGCCAGAGAAGCACCCGCUGGCGCAAAAUGGACCAAAAUCAGCCGCAAGGUGGUUAACCCUGAGGCUUUGACUAUUGGCAAGGAGAGGUUCGAGGUCAGAGAUGACUUCGUCAUUGUAUUGCGGGUACUCAGCAAGGAAGAGAUCCAGGCAUAUGCAUCAGCAACACAAGUUUUGCGAGAGAGACGCCGUCGAGAUGAGGAUGGUGGUGACACUGAUCGGGAUCGUGGACGGGACGAUGAUGACAGGAAAAGACACCACCGCCAUCGCCGUCAUCGGGAAGACGACGAUUCCUCUGACUACGAAGGCAAGGACCGUGACCGCGAGCGUGAGCGUGACCGACGCAGGCGUCACCGAGACGAUGAAGACUACGACACCCGCUCAAGGGAUCAGGACCAUCAUCACCAUCACCACCGAAGCCACCGAGAGCGCGAACCUGUUCUUGAAGCUUAG